AUGGCCGACGGCGAAGGCCCAAUUGCAACAUGGUUCCCGGUCUCCAAGGACAGCUGGGGCCUAGACGUGGUCACACUUCUCGCCGUCAUUGGCGAGUCGUCUAUGGAAGACCAUGCCCAGCCCAUCACAGCUUCCGUGCUCUGCUUGCUGCCACGCAUCCUGCCUGCACCUCAGGCCCUUCUCAAGUCCAAGAGGCCCAUGAGACUUCCCAUCUACAGCGCCCAGAUGGUUGGAGUCCACAACGGCGUCGCUCUCGACUCCGUCGGCUUCUUUGCCAACAUAAUACACCCCCUCGACGACCAGGCACCAUACUCGUUCAAAGUCCUCGAAAUCAAGCACAGGGACGAGGUAUUCCUGGGGAAACCACCCCGGAAGGCGUCCUUGGCUGCCCGGCUUUGGGAACGCUGGCUAGAAAUGAAGAAGCCCGCCGCCCCGAAGCCCACUCUCAACCGACCACCCUCAGAGCUUGAUGCCUCGGAAAAGGACACACGCGAUGGCGCCAAGGGCGUCAGGUUUGAUCCCGAUGUCGAGAAGGGUGAUCAUGAACCAGAGCCAACCAUGGGCAUCAAAAGACGUCGCACAGCCAAGGAAAAGGUGACCGACUUCAUCGCGAACCCCACUCUGACCCCUACCAGUCGGCCUGCGGUACCGCCUGCUUGGAGCAGCCCUAUCCAUGUCGCCUCGGUCGUCUCCUUCGUCCUGACCUUGCUGAUCGUUGGCCUGACCGCAUACUGGAAGGACGGAAACGCCCUGAUCGCCAUUUUCAUCAUCUCGGUACAGGCGUCCCUCGUCGGAUAUGCCUCGUGGUGGCGCCCGCGCCUGAUGGUGCGGCCUCCCCACACCACAAAUGUCCCGCCGGGCGAUAUGAUGAUCCGCACUCGGGAGGGCGCCUUCCUGCUGAUAAAGUGCACCGAGGAGGUGGCUCGUGAGCUCUACACCGGCACAGAAGACUGUGAAUACCACGUCGGCCCCAAGACCUACCGCUUCCUGAUGGCCAUGGCAACAAUGCUGCUCAUGGUUGGCGUCGUCCUGCUCGGAAACACACGUCUCGAAGCCCAAGUUCUCAUCAGUGGGAGCUACAUUUUACUAAACGGCGCGUACUGGCUCCUGGGUAUGCUGCCCCGCCGCUACUUCUGGGACCUGUCUCGCUACGAAUGGGAGGACAUCACCCCACCGGACGCCAAGAACUCGGACAAGAUCGUAACUGCGAGUAUGGACAGCAACGGGGUUGAAGGCUACCCCAGCUUCACGAGGACGCUCUGGUACGCCAUCCGUGAGACCAAGAGCACCGGCUGGGUGGAGCGGAGCGGCGCGGCCCCGAGCACGUCCCAGUGGAAGAAGUGGCUGAGGGAGGCCGGCGAGAAAGCCCACACGGAUCGCAACUGGCCCGCCGUGAGUCGCAAGGACCAAAUAAUGAGAGAGAGCACCGACGGUCCCGAGGCGGAUCAUGCUGCCCAACACGCACCACUCCGUGAGGUACAGCCCCCUGCGGAGCCUGUCAAGACAGGGCAAUUGUAA